AACUGUAAGAGUUACAACAACUAUUUUCUUCCUUGUUCCCAUAGUUAGUUAUAGCUACAUGCAAUGGUGACUGCAAUGGUGUCACCACUUCUAAUUCUCUGUCUUACACUUCCUGUGUUUACAUUAUUCUUCUUCCAAUACCGCAAAACCUUCAGGAACCCACCUCGUCCACCUGGUCCUAGAGGCCUUCCCAUAAUAGGGAACCUUCAUCAACUCAAUAACUCUUUUCUUUAUCUACAACUAUGGCAACUCUCAAAGAAAUAUGGGCCUUUAUUUUCCCUUCAAUUAGGUUUAAGGCCAGCAAUAGUUGUUUCCUCACCUAAAAUAGCCGAAAAGGUAUUCAAAGUCCAUGACCUUCAGUUUUCUGGACGACCUAAAUUAUUUGGCCAACAAAAAUUGUCCUACAAUGGAUUAGAGAUGAUAUUUUCUCCAUAUGGUGACUUAUGGAGAGAAAUUAGAAAAAUUUGUCUUGUUCAUGUCCUUAGCUCAAGGCGUGUUUCUUAUUUUUCUUCAAUAAGACAUUUUGAGGUCAAGCAUAUGAUAAAAAAAAUAUCUAGGCAUGCCUCAUCUUCAAAUGUUAUCAAUUUGAAUGAAGUGUUGAUGUCUUUUGCUAGCACUGUUAUAUGUAGAAUUGCCUUUGGGAGAAGGUAUGAAGAUGAAGGAGCUGAAAAGAGUAGGUUCCAUGCAUUGCUUAAUGAGUGUCAAGCCAUGAUGGGUACGUUGUUUGUUUCGGAUUAUAUUCCUUUCUCAGGUUGGAUUGAUAAACUCAGGGGGUUGCAUACACGUCUUCAACGGAAUUUCAAUGAGUUAGAUAAUUUCUACCAAGAAGUCAUUGAUGAACACAUGGAUCCCAAUAGAAAGAGGCCAGAGCAAGAGGACAUAAUAGAUGUUUUACUUCAAUUGAAGCAGCAGCGUGCAUUUUCCAUAGAUCUCACAAUUGAUCACAUCAAAGGAGUUUUCAUGAACAUGCUUGUAGCAGCAACAGAUACAACUGCAGCGACAACAGUUUGGGCUAUGACUGCACUAAUGAAAAACCCAAGAGUAAUGAAAAAAGUUCAAGAAGAAAUUAGAAACUUGGGAGGUGAAAAAGACUUCUUAGAUGAAGUUGAUAUUCAAAAGUUUCCCUAUUUUAGGGCUGUGAUAAAAGAAACACUGAGAUUGCAUCUACCAGCACCACUACUUGUGCAAAGAGAAACAAAUGAAAAAUGUGUCAUAGAUGGUUAUGAAAUUCCAGCUAAGACCAUAGUGUAUGUGAAUGCUUGGGCUAUACACAGAGACCCUGAGGCUUGGAAAGACCCAGAAGAGUUUUGCCCUGAGAGAUUCUUAGACUCUACUAUAGAUUUUCGUGGACAAGAUUUUGAGUAUAUUCCAUUUGGUGCUGGUCGUAGAAUUUGCCCUGGUAUGCCUAUGGCAAUUGCAUCAUUGGAUCUUAUUCUUGCCAAUCUUCUUAACUCAUUUGAUUGGGAAUUCCCAGCUGGAAUUAAAAAAGAAGACAUCGAUACUGAAGUGCUGCCAGGACUUACCCAGCACAAAAAGAAUCCACUUUGUGUUUUGGCUAAGACUCGAAUUUCAAAUGUGAUUUAGUAGUAGUGAUAAUUUCGUAAGCAAAGUAAUAUUGUUUGUACCAUGACAAUUAGCAAAAGGUACGUAAAUAAGGGCAUGUUGAUGUUAUGAGAUUGUUUAGCUUCCUUCUUUUGGUGGAAUGCAUUCUCCCUUUCCUUGUUUUCUUUUCCUUUCCUUAUUUUUUUUUUCCUCCAAUAAAAUAAACAUUUGAAAGAACACUGUUAAAUUUACUUCAAUAAUACACUUGUGGGCCUUAUCAU